GAGAAAAGGGAGGGAGCAAACUAAAUAGGGAGGGUAGGGAAGAAAGAAUGUACUGAGAUCUCAUCAUGUGAUUUUUUCUCUCUCUCUUUUUAUAUAGCUGCACAGUGAUUACAUGUUUGUAGUUUGGGGCUCUUAGCAAAGUUUUCCAAACCCUCUCGGCUCUCUCGCUCUUUUUCAACAGCCUGCUUUCCCUUGGCUUUUUGUUUUUUUGGUCCAGUUGUGUGUGACGUUUGAGUGGAGUCCCUGCCCUUGUUUCAUGCACUUUGGUUUAGAAGGAAGGAGAGGAACUCAUGGAGAGGCGGACAUUUACUUGACCUGUCAAAGGGAAGAUGUAUUGAAGGUAUAAACAAAAGGGGCUGUUUGUGUUUUGGCCCGAGUGCGUAUGCUUUUUUCCCUCACAGGGGAGUCGGAUGAAGAGGAGGAAAGGCGUGGAGAAAGAGACUAAAGCUGAGAGAAAGUGAGAAAGUACCUGACGCGGGGGGAGAGAGAAGAAGAAAAGUUACCUAAUUGUGUCACCCAUGAGAAAAGGUGGAUGAAAAGUUGAGGAAUCUGUCUGACACGAGAGGAGGAGUGCCAGCCUGGGGGGGGGGACCACCAAUACAGCCUUCUUCCAACAACAACAGGACAGGAUGAGGUACCAAGGCAGGGAGGUGGAUGUUGAAGGACGAGUGCGCCUGGUGAUGGAGAGUGCCCUGACGGCCCGGGACAGGGUCGGGGUGCAGGACUUUGUCUUGCUGGAAAACUACAACAGCGAGGCUGCCUUCAUAGAGAACCUACGGAGACGCUUCGGGGAAAACCUCAUCUAUACGUAUAUUGGCUCCGUGUUGGUGUCGGUGAACCCUUACAAAGAGCUGGAGAUUUACUCCAAGCAGCAGAUGGACCGCUACAGAGGGGUCAGCUUCUAUGAGAUAUCGCCUCACAUCUACGCCUUGUCAGACAACACUUACCGAGCCAUGCGGACCGAGAGGAAGGACCAGUGUAUUAUGAUAUCGGGUGAGAGUGGAGCAGGUAAAACAGAAGCCUCCAAGAAGAUCCUCCUCUACUACGCUGUCACCUGCCCCGUUAAUGAACAUAUGGCGACCCUUGGUGACCGCCUACUGCAGUCUAACUCUGUUCUGGAGGCAUUUGGCAACGCCAAAACAUUUAGGAAUGACAACUCCAGCCGCUUUGGAAAAUACAUGGAUAUCCAGUUUGACUUUAGGGGGGCGCCAGCGGGCGGUCACAUCCUGAAGUACCUGCUGGAGAAAUCACGUGUGGUGCACCAGAACCAAGGUGAGAGGAACUUCCACAUCUUCUAUCAGCUUCUGGAUGGAGGGGACGACAACUUGCUGACCGCACUGGCCCUGGAAAGGAACCCUCAGAACUACAGCUAUCUGGUGAAGGGCAACUGUCCCAGACUCAGCUCCGUCAGUGACAAGAGAAAUUGGAAUGUUGUGAUGAAGGCCCUGUCUGUUAUUGGUUUCACAGAGGAAGAAGUGCAGAACUUGCUCAAUAUCAUCGCCAGUGUUCUCCAUCUGGGAAACACUCAGUUUGGGGAAGGGGAGGAUGGAGAAGCUUAUGUCACCUCUGAGACUCAGAUAACAAAUCUUGCAAAGCUGCUGGGUAUCGAUGUUUCAGUGCUCGGGGAGGCACUCACUCACAAGAAACUCACUGCCAAAGGAGAGGAGAUGAUCAGCCCGCUAAAUUUUGAGCAGGCAGUGUCUGCCCGCGACGCCAUAGCCAAGUCUGUGUACGGUCGGACCUUCACUUGGUUGGUGGAGAAGAUGAAUCAGUCGCUGGCUCUGAAGGAAGAAAUCUACCACAGCGGUAAGGGCUGCUCAGUCAUUGGGCUUCUGGAUAUCUAUGGCUUUGAGGUCCUACAGCACAAUAGUUUUGAGCAGUUCUGCAUUAACUAUUGCAAUGAGAAGCUCCAGCAGCUGUUUAUUGAGCUCACCCUGAGAUCUGAGCAGGAGGAGUACGAGACAGAGGGAAUUGCAUGGGAGACGGUGCAAUACUUCGACAACAAGAUCAUUUGUGACCUGAUAGAGGAGAAGCACAAAGGCAUCAUCUCCAUUCUGGAUGAGGAGUGCCUGAGACCUGGAGAGACCAGUGAUGUCUCCUUUUUAGAGAAGUUGGAAGACACACUGGGCGGCCAUCCCCAUUUUGUCACUCACAAGUUGGCAAAUGGAAAAACCCGUAGGGUAAUGAGUAGGGAGGAGUUCAGGCUGCUGCAUUAUGCUGGGGAGGUCAACUACAAUGUCAAUGGCUUCCUAGAGAAGAACAAUAAAUAUCUGAACAGGAACCUGAAAGAGGUCAUGUGCCAGUCAGACAACCAGAUCGUAAGUCACUGCUUCCGCAGAGAGGGAGUGAUGGACCAGAAACGCCCUGAGAUGGCCGCCACUCAGUUUAAAAACAGCCUGGUGAAACUUAUGGAGAUCCUCAUGUCUAAAGAGCCAUCCUACGUGCGCUGUAUCAAACCUAAUGAUGCCAAGCAGCCAGGAAGGUUUGAUGAAGUUCUGGUCAGACACCAGGUGAAGUACCUGGGCCUGAUGGAAAACCUGAGGGUCAGGAGAGCUGGCUUUGCCUAUCGACGUCGCUUUGAAGCCUUCCUGCAGAGAUAUAAACCCCUGUGUCCUGAGACUUGGCCCAAUUGGCACGGCAGACUUGCAGAUGGUGUCUCGAUACUGGUCAACCACCUAGGCUACCAAGCAGAGGAGUACAAACUGGGCAGGUCAAAAAUCUUCAUCCGUUUCCCAAAAACUCUCUUCGCCACUGAAGAUGCACUAGAAGCAAAAAAGCCAGAGAUAGCUUUGACCCUGCAGACGUCAUGGAGAGGCUACAGGGAGAGAGCCAAGUACCAACGCAUCAGAAGCGCAGUGAUUACGAUCCAGUCUGGGUGGCGAGGGAUGAAAGCACGCAGGAGGGCUAAGAGGCGUCGACAGGCUGCUGACUUGAUACGCAGGCUCAUAAAAGGCUUCAUCUACCGCCAUGAGGAAUACUGCCCUGAGAAUGAGUAUUUCCUGGAUCAUGUGCGCUAUUCCUUCCUCAAGAAUCUACGUAAAAACCUGCCCAAGAGCGUUUUGGACAAAAACUGGCCGACACCCCCUCCAUUACUCGUGGAGACCUCUGAGCACCUGCGGACACUGCACAUGAGAAACAUGUUCAUGAAGUAUUGCAGGAGGGUCCAGCCUGAAUGGAAGAAGCAGAUGAUGCAGAAGGUUGUAGCCAGUGAGCUCUUCAAGGAUCAGAAAGACAGCUAUCCUCUGGGUGUUGGAAGGCUGUUUUUGGACUCCAGGCUGGAACGUGAACAAAUCAAUCUCAAAGUCGUCCAGACCCUCGGCAAUGACAAAGUGCAGUAUGGCGUAUCAGUCGUAAAGUAUGACAGGAGGGGUUACAAGCCUCGCCCUCGCCAGCUGCUGCUCACUAGCGCCUUUGCUGUGCUAGUGGACAGGACCAAGAUCAAACAGAGGAUUGACUACACAGCUCUGAGAGGCAUCUCUGUGAGCUCUCUCAGCGAUGGGAUGUUUGUUCUGCACAUGCCCAAUGAGGACAAUAAGCAGAAGGGUGACGUGGUACUGCACUGCAACCAUGUGAUUGAGCUGGUGACAAAACUAGCCAUGAUGGCCAGAAAAGUCAACUUUGUCAACAUCAGCCCGGGCAGUAUUAGGUUCGCUGCGGCUCGAGGCAAAGAAGGAAUCAUUGAUUUCGUCAGGGGUCCAGAGCUAAAGGUGGUCAAAGGCAAGCGAGGACAUCUGCUAGUGAUUGCCCCUCGGAGCAACAGCACAUGAAGAAACAGAAAACAGUUACCAGAUAAACUUAAUCCUUUUAGCUAACUGGAGGACUGACCCUCAGAGGUUUUCACAGUUAUGUGUUUGGUUUGUAGCCGACAGAACGAUACCACAAGCACACACAACAGAAUGAAGAUUCCUUUCAUAUGCAUCAUCCUAAUUACAAGAAUGUCUCUAGUAAUGCAAUAAUGACUGAUCUUUUUCUUCUUCUUUUUUUAAGAUUGGAAAAUCAUAACAUGAAGUUAUCACUGUUUCAAUUGCUUCAUCUCUUUAUUGUCAGUCAUACAUAAAUAUAUUUCCACUUCAUCAAAUAUAAAAUAUAAUAAUGUAAAACACUGUAUCUCUAUACUGUAAGAGACAUAAAAUAAACCACUUUGAAAUAAAUAGCAUGUUAAUAAAUAUGUCAAUAAAUAGCAAAUAUAUAUUUGGAAAGUCCAGCAGCCUGAAGGCUUGGGGGAAGAACAUCAUGUUGGGAAGUCUUGUCUGGGAGCUUAUUGCUAACUUACAGUCACAGAGGUGAGACAGAAACUGUGGGAAAUACCCAAGAAAACCCUUAAAUAGACAGUAAAACAUGAGCUAAAAAGAGCACUCCAAGGAAAUUGUUGACAACACCACUAAAACACUGAUUAAACUAUUAACUAUUAUUCCAAUUCGGUGCUGAUCGCUGUUUCUUCCAUUUGCAUGCGUGUGUGUGUAUGUUGUCAGGGUGCCGGGGUUUUGUUUUCAGUCAAAAGUGUGUUUUUGAAGCCAGAAGGAGGAAGUCUCUUGCCAGCUUGGUUAGGUAGAGGUCUAGAUCCCUCAGAAUGACGUAACCCUCCACUCUGCUGUCCCAUACUGUUUUGGAUCUGGUUUGUGGGUUCAAGGGUGUGCGAGAGGUUGGCUUUGUCCAAGAGCUAUUCAUGUAACUCAUCUGGAGAAGAAAGGAAACAUUUUUCAUCAGACAUCAGUGUCACUUCCUCCGAAGGGUUUGUGUGGACUAAAAAAAGGGUAAAUUGUGAGUGGAUUUGAGGAAGAAGACUGUGGAUACCUGACUGCUGACUUGGCUCAUCAGGUCCCUCAGGUCAAGCUGAAUGUGCCUGAUGCUCUGGGGUAAAGUGUUGCCGAACACCCGAUUCAUCAUCUGCUCUUUCUCCUCUUCCUCUAGCUGUUUUCUCUUCUGCUCCAGCAUUUUCCAAUAGGCUUGAAUGUCCCAGAAAGUAGCAUGCAGUCGUUCCCAUUCCUGAAUGCGCAACAAGAGACAGACACAUGAUUACAUCAUCAAAAUGUUGCGCAAGACCCUCAUUUUGCUUGAAAUUGUAAAAGGGGAAUUCCACUCAAAUUUUACAUUCUGCAAGAUCAGACUCUCAGACGAUGUCAUCAGGUUUCGUGUUUUUUCCUCGUGAGGAAAAUAAUAUCUCAAAACAGUGGAAGAAAUUCUCAAAAAACGUUGAGAAAGUGUUUUGCAGUGUAACAACCAGUGGCGUAAGGUAGUUACGAAAGGCCGCUUUGCGCGCUAUUAUGACAGUCCCUAGUGCACGCUAGUUACUAGCUAUGAAGCACACACAAUCAGGAAUAUAUAUAUUUUACAAAUGAGUUACUUAGCUAUUGUAUUGGGAAUAGCUCUCUCUACGGCCCCCCCCCCCCCCCACCGCUCAGGCCCCAGUUCAACAACACUGCCUGCACUCUCGAACAACCAGACUGAUUUUUUUAUUGCAAUGUUUUGAAGAGGAUACUAACCGUCAGAUUUAUCCAGCUGUAGAAAUCUGUAGAAAGCAAUGGCAGGUCCUUCAACUGCCGACUUCUGUCCUCAAAAUGCUUAUUUCCCAACUGCUGCUCCUUCUGUUAAAGUAAACAUGGUAACCAUUAAAUAUUUGUAAUUAUAGGGAAAGCUAAUGAUGGCUGUGUGCAGAGCGCACAGUGAUAAGCUGACCCGUCAGGAGAGCAGGGAGACAUGUUUUUACUACUCACGUAUUUCUUCUGCAGCUGCUGGACACGGGUUCGGGUGGACCUCGUGAGACGAAAGGAGUUGUUGUAUGUAUUCCUCUGGAGGACCGGAGAUGGAGAAGAGGACUCCACACAGUCCAGUACACAGCAAAGGAGGAUGAGUGCCCGCCACCAAAGAGUCAUCUGAAACAGUCACAUGAACAGAGAUGCAGGUUCAUAUCAUCUAAUGUUUACAGUUCAAGAUGUAACACUUCUGCAUACAACACUGUACUUAGAAAAAAAGGGUGACCCACAGUAUCACGUCCAGUAUAAACUACAGUGUUCCGGUUAAGUGAACUGAUUCUCUUCAUGGGAACUUAACUGUCAAUUUCCAUACUUAGUGUCCAAAAGGAAGUCCAUUGAUAUUUCUUAAAGAAAAUCCAACCCAACAUCCUCCAAACUCCACCCCACGGCAUGCUUUCUUUCUUAUGUAAUUCUGUAACACAUUUUGUCUAGGUGCACAUGCAUGGAAACAGAAGUGUCUUGAUUCCUCUAAAUAGUUUAAGUGUGGAAGGAACGUGGCGGUUGUCUAUGCAAAGUCCUGAAUCCAAAGACUCGGAUUACAGACAUUACUGCCGGCUGCUGUUGCAACAAAGAUGCAAAUUACCGAUAAGGAAGACGUUAUUGAUGCUUACAGAAACACUGCAGCUUUCUGUCAAGCUUUUUUACUGUUUGAAAUAGGCAGUUUAAGUAAAGUGUGUUCAAGAAAUACAAACUGAAUGUUCCCAAACCAAUGAGUCCAUUUACUUGUAUAUGCACUGCCAUAAACACACUCUGCAUCUGUUUCUACAAUUGUCUGCUGUGUAAUUUCUAACAUGUGCAUACAUGGUGAUUCACUAAAUAAUUAAAAGAAAUGUAAUCUAAACUUAUAUACAUGUAUAUUCACAAAUACACAACCCAUCAAACUAUGGUCUUAAGUAUCUAUCUUUUUAAGAUAGGCUUACCUUGGAUCAGCAGUGAACAAGAUCAGGAUAAAUUCAUGCUAUGGUAAGGCUCAUGUACUGUUUAUAUAUUUGUCAGGUUCUUGCUUUCGGUUUCUGACUGGAGUUUUUUCUUUUUUUCCUUUCUGUCAUUCUCUCUUACUCUCUCCCUGUUUCAGCAUCUUGUGGUCAUCAAUAUGUUUCAGACAGAAGUGGUAGGUAGGUGAGGAAGUGAGCUACAAAGGAAAUGCAUCGUGCAUUUUCUUUUCUCUAACAGGCAUGUGGGAAAUUAGUGUUUUUUAGGAGCUCUGAUUAAAUGUUUGGGUUAGCUCUAGUCUAAAAAACCUAUUAUCUAAAAAACGUUCAGAGUGUGGUUGCGUAUUUAAGGGGCAUCACCUUUUUUACCAGGAUAUUUAAAGUUAAACUACUGACAGACAAACUGACAGAUAGACAAGAAAGGAAAGCAAAUAGGAGUAUAAGUGUGAACAAUAUGUCACUUUUAUUAUUGAUAUCCUGCCUUAAUAACUGCUAUUUAUAAUCAAUUCAAAACAACUGAAAUCACUAAACUUUUUUCAGGUGGCAGUGAAGUUCAGUCUUGACUGUGCAUCUUAAGGGAAUGUUUGAGGAGUCUCAUGAUGGAGAUGAGUAAUGACUGGCAGUUUCACUGAAUCUCACUAAACAAGACAGAAAAAAACAACUUAACUACCCUUAUGACUCAUCAUUGAAUAUCAUUUUUGGAAAAAGGCGUUUUAUCAUAAAUUUGCAUUGUCACAGAAUAAAAACUGAAGCACUUUGUUGCUUGUUUGUUAAAAAAAGUUAUAUUCGAAAUUAAGAUAUUAUUAGUGUCAUUAUGUAAUAUAUGUGAUUCUCUGGGUCUGAUGUUGAUUCUGAGGCUUCACUGCUGCCAUGCAAAGUCCUCGUUACGAGGGAACUAAUGAAGAAUAAAGCUCGUUAUUGUCAACAGCCCUGCCAACUCUGAGUUUAUUUCUUCAUCUGUUCUGUUUUCAUGCCAUAUCACUAACUGCCACUCCUUCCUGCCCUGCGAGCAUCUCAUUCCCAUUCCCAUCACCUAAACUUCACUCUUCCCACCUGCACCUCAUUCCUUCAUCAGCCACCAUCUAUGUAUACCUCCCCAGAUCAAUUGUUCCUCUGCCAGACUGUCUAGUAGCCUUCCUCAGAUUUGUUUACCUGGUCUCCUGCCUGCCUUGAAAAGAUGAACUUUCCUGUUACAUUGAUCGCAUCUGUGCCGUGCUUUGUCCAGAAUCAUGACAGUCAUAACCUUGAUAUGCCAUUUUCUGUAGAUUUGACUGUAGUUUUCCAUUUUACAUCACUCAUUCUCAUCUCUAGGCUUUAUUUAGUCGGAUCUUGCAUGCUCUUACAAAAUGUUCUCGGUGUUAUAGUUGAAAAUGUUAUUGAAAAUGUAUAUAUUCAGUUUUCCUCAUGGCCAAAGGAACUGCUCCCUCUUCCAGAAAAUUGCACACACUCAUGAAGAACUUGAUAAUUCUUCGGCGGUAAAUUCCCAACCAGAGAUAAAUCUAAAGUGUAAAAUGUGGGAAGUCACCCAACAUUCAAAUGAAAGACAACUGGGGGGAUAUUCUGUCAACCCACUGAAAAUUGAAUAAAAUACUGAGUUGAUUAAAGCUUUUGUUUUAUGAUCAGUGAGCUUGAAAGAAAUAAAGUUGGAAAUGUGUACAGUGCCA